CUCCAUUUGAACCUCAUUAAUCCUGUCUCUCCCCCCAAUUGUCCCUCCCUACCCCCCCCUCUCUUCCCGUCCACACCCUCCCCGUCAUCCGCGAUGGCUCCCUCAUCGUCGGUCGUGAGGCUUAUGGCCUACCGCCGCCCUACCGCCUCGUCCCUGCGUCCCUUGACCUCAUCCGCAAACUUCUCUUCCUCAGUAAUCCGGGCUGCUACCCAGGCCGGUCCUUCUCAGUCCGCCUUCCGUCUGCCCACACCCAAGAGAUGGGACCAGGAUUCCGAGACCUCUCUGGACAAGGCCAGCAAAUACUUCCUCAUGGCUGAGAUCUUCCGCGGCAUGUACGUGGUGCUGGAGCAAUUUUUCCGACCACCAUACACCAUCUUCUACCCCUUUGAAAAGGGUCCCAUCUCCCCCCGCUUCCGUGGCGAACACGCCCUGCGCCGCUAUCCCACCGGCGAGGAGCGCUGCAUCGCCUGCAAACUCUGCGAGGCCAUCUGCCCGGCCCAGGCCAUCACCAUCGAAGCCGAGGAACGUGUUGAUGGAAGCCGACGGACGACCCGUUACGACAUCGAUAUGACCAAGUGUAUCUACUGCGGUUACUGCCAGGAGAGCUGCCCCGUGGAUGCCAUUGUUGAGACCUCCAACGCCGAAUACGCCACGGAAACCCGCGAAGAGCUGCUGUACAACAAGGAGAAGCUACUAUCCAACGGUGAUAAGUGGGAGCCUGAGAUUGCGGCCGCCGCCAGAGCCGAUGCGCCCUACCGAUAAAUCCGGUCGACCGAAUCUACACAUGUA